GAAUCUUUAUUUAAGGGAAAGGCCGUUAAAUAUGUGGAGAAAGGCAAGUGCAGGUUUCCAUGUGCUGCGAUGAUCGCUGAACUUCACAGACGUACUGCUGUGUGACUUAAUUUUAAAAAGCACUACAUCAGCUUCGGAUGGGUGUAAUUCACUGUGGCCCAUAGUUUUAUUAAUGUCUUUUUGAAUCGGGUAUAGUUUCUGAUCACUUGAGGUCCCUGACUACAGCAGUGUCCAGCCCAUCACCGUCAUGGCCUCAGCCACCUCCACCCCUGCCGGCCCGGGCGGCCGCUCCAGCCGCUCCGCGAGCCGCCGCAGCGUAGCCGCCGGCCUGCACACAUCCAGCACCAGCCCGACCUGCCAGUCCCGCAUCCAGGAGAAGGACGAGCUCCGACACCUCAACGACCGCCUUGCCAACUACAUUGAGCGGGUCCAGGAGUUGGAAAGCGAAAGGUCUACCAUACUGACUCAGCUGGAGGAAAAGGAUGAGUCGAAAAGCCGGGAGAUGGGCAAUGUGCGGCGGCUGUAUGAGGAGGAAUUGGCUGAUGUCAGAAAGUCCUUGGACGAGCUGGCCGGAGAGAGGGCCCGUCUGCAGAUCGACUAUGGAAACCUCUGCGAGGAGUACAGGAAACUUCAGGCCAGGAACCAGAAGAAGGAGAGUGAUCUAGCAAAUGCCUUGGCCCAGUGGAGGAAAGCUGAGGCGACUCUGAGCUCCAAGGAUGCAGAGUACAGAAGUCUUCUGUCAGACAACAGGAGACUCAAUGAUGACUCUACUGAGCUCCAGGGCCAGCUGCAAAAUGUGGAGGGUGUACUGGCAGACACAAAGAACCAACUGACUUCUGAGAUCCUGAGAAGGGUAGAAAUGGAGAACCAAGUGCAAACACUCAAAGAACAGCUUGAACUCCAGAGGAACAUCAGUGAGCAGGAGAUCUUUGAGAUCCGAAAUCGAUACGAAAGCCGUCUAGUGGAGGUAGAGGCAGGAGGACGGAGAGACUUUGAGAGUAAACUUGCUGAGGGGAUGCAGCAGCUGCGCCAAGAUGGUGAGUCUCAGCUGCAGCAGUACAAAGAAGAGAUGGACCGGACCUUCAGUUCAAAGUUACAGCAAGCCCAGCAGGCUGCUCUGGAGAAAAACAAUGUCGUAUCAGCCACCAAAGAGGAACUGGAAACCACCAAGCUAAGAGUGGAUUCCCUCAGCUCCCAGCUCCAACAGCACCAGAAAGAUAAAAUGGUGCUGGAGGGCCGCUUUCAGGAGCUGGAGAGGACACUGGACAGGGAGCGGGAGGUUUGGAAGCACAAACUCUGUCAGAAGGAGCAGGAGCUGCAGAGCAUGAGAAGUCAGAUGUACGACCAGCUGGAAGACUAUGAGAACCUGCUGGACGUCAAGUUGGCUCUUGACAUGGAGAUCAACGCCUACAGGAAGAUGCUGGAGCUGGAGGAAAAGAGAUUGCAGCUGUCUCCUAGCCCCUCCCAACAUACAACCAUACCUGGAACACAUGAACACAGUAGCCGCAAAGCCAGAGGGAAGAAACGGAAACAUGAGGGAUCCUCUGGCAGCUCACCCGCCUAUAAAAUGACCAGUUGCUCUGCAGAGCGUGGUGCUUUGAGCGUGGCAGAGGUCGACAUGGAUGGAAAAUACGUUAGACUGAAGAACAACUCUGAAAUGGAGCAGCCACUGGGUGGCUGGGUGAUUAGGAGGAUGUACCCAAAUUCUGGGGAUAUCUCCUUCCACAUACCCUCCUCCUGUGUCCUGGCUGGAGGGCAGACACUCACAAUUUGGGCAGCAGGAGCAGAGGCAGAGGCUACUUCUGGGGACCUAAUUCUGCAGGGCCACAGGAGCUGGGGCCCCAUCACCGACGUAAGGGUGAUCCUUCUGAACAGCAACCAUGAGGAAAUAGCUGAGCGCAGGGUGUAUAUGCAGGGCAGAGGCGAUGAGGAAACUGAACUAGAGUUUGAGGAAGAACUUGUUGCAGGGAGUAACGUCCAACACUUUGGGAGACAGCCAAAGAGAAAGAAGUGCUGUUCUGUCUCAUGAAUGCAGAGCAGAUGGCGUGCUGUACAGUAGGAUCUAUCUAAGGAGGGGAGCUGUUGCGUCAUGUGAGGUCUUGUCCAUCUCCUGCAGACCUUCACGUUUACUUGGAAAACAAAGAUCCACUCAUGCCUCUGGGGUAGAAACAUCUGCUGCUGUCUGGUUCUAGUGUCGUCUCAUUGAACAAAGUGCACUUGGACUAACUACAGUAGGACGUCAACAUGUUAGCCUGACUGUGAAACGCUCACAUGCCUUAGAGCAAUAGUAUCAACCUCCAGUAUUCCUCAGCUGUUUCAUUGCUCUAAUUGCACAAGAUGAGCUUUGCCUUGAUUUGUUCUAAUUUAAGUGUGUGUGAGUGUUAACUGGCAUAAUAAAGUUCUAAAUUUCAGUCAGAAAAUUUG